UGGGUGUGUGCCACCACACCCGGCUAAUUAUUUUUUCAAACUGCUGAUUCCAUCCUAUUUUGAAUUCUCCACCCAUGAGCUUGUACUUUGGAAAAGAUCAAUCUAGGGCAGGUGGCUCGCCCAGGAAUUUUUGGACCAGGCUGCAGUUUAUCUGUAAAGGGAGGGGAGCAUGGUCACAGCUUUGCAAGGGGGUGCAGACAUUUAGAUUGUCUAUCGGGUUAAGACCUUGCCUUCCUAAGGGCUGGCUGGAUGCUUCUGGUGAACAGUAGAGGCAGGUGGAGCUGAGCACGGAGCUUAAUAACCGUCUGUUUAUUAGCUCACUCUCCUUGCCUGCUUUGCGCCAGGCACUGUGCUAGGACUUGUUUGUUCUUCCGACCUGUUCUUUUGGGAGGAAGAACAAAUCUGCGGUUCGAACUCCCCGAAGUGGGAAAGAGCCUCGCAGAGGCUGCGGUCACACCCCGUCAUCUGACCUCAAUACCAGCAGCACUCCUCUCUUCAGCCCUGACUAUGGCCGGGUGCUGGGCUGAGCUUCUGCCUGUCACAGCACCGCAUCCUGGCAGGAAAUUUAGGGCUUGUAAUGUCCCCAUUUUACAGGCCUUACCUGGACCCAGGGACUCUGGAACGAGGAGCGCUGGCCUAGCCCGACGGGGCGAGUUCCCACGUCCCUGUCCGUUCCAUCGCUCAGUUCCACGACUCGCUACCCUGCAGCCCCGCCUGUUCGCGGGUGAGUGGGCGCUUCCCUCGGCUCCCCGUGACACUUUGCAGACGCUCCCCGGCGCCGGGCAUGGGCGCCGCCGCCGUCGGUCCCCGAGCCGGAUUCCGCGCGCGGGUGGGUGAGCGUGGGGGGCCCCGGCCCCUCGGACCCCGGGCAUACCCGGUCGGGGGAUGAUGGCGGCGUUUGCACCCCCGGCCUGGUGCAUGCCCCCGCUGGGAUCUUUCCACGACUGCUCCCCCUCCCACCUGCGGGACAAAGGGCGGGGGCGGGGGGGUCGCAUCCCCACGCGUGACCUUUCCCCGUACUGCGCACGCGCCCAGCCCCCACCACCGGGGGAGGGUUCGUCCGCCCACGCGAGUGCGGGGGAGGGGGAUGGGCCCCGGGGGUAGGGGAGGCAGCGCGCACGGGGCGGACCGCCCUCUGUCUUGGGAAGUUGGGGCAGUUUUCCCAUGCACCUGCCUCUUGCUUAGGCCCGGAGGUGGCCUGCAAUGAGCCAGGGUUCUUGCCCUGCAGGCCACGUGUCCCUGCUCAGGUGACCCCUUGGGGCGCCCAGCAAUUUAGGGCUUCAGCUUCCUCUUCCUUACAUACCCCGGAGCCCACGGCCCCAGCUCACUUCUUCCCCAGGACCUAGGCGGCUGGGCCCCCUGCCCCUGUCUCUGGGAGCCCAGGAGUUGGCACCUGGGCGUGUUUGGCCUCAGUCCUGGGGUCCGGGCUCCCUCCUCCCUCAGACCAGGGUUCCCUCCUCUCUCAUCUCACCUCCCCCAGGAUGGACCCUCGAGUCCGUCCGCGUCCCUCCAUUUGUGGCUGCUGUUUCUGUCCAGUGCCUCUGAGGCGCUCGGCUGCUGGGGUCCGCAGGAAGCCACGCCAUGAAUGACCGGACCAGCCGGAGGCGGACAAUGAAGGACGAUGAGGCCUUCGAGAUCUCCAUCCCCUUCGACGAGGCACCCCACCUAGACUCCCAGAUCUUUUACAGUCUGAGCCCCUCUCGGGGAAACUUCGAGGAGCCCCCUGAGGACACGUCCCCUACCCUGGCCCUGAUGAACAGCGUCAAGGCCCAGCUGCACAUGGCCCUGGAGAGGAACUCCUGGCUGCAGAAGCGCAUUGAGGACCUGGAGGAAGAGAGGGACUUCCUGCGCUGCCAGCUGGACAAGUUCAUCUCUUCCGCUCGGAUGGAUGCAGAGGACCACUGCCGGGUGAAGCCUGGGCCGCGGCGGAUGGAGGGGGACAGCCGGGGCGGAGCUGGGUGCGAGGCCUCAGACCCCGAGUCAGCAGCCUCUUCCCUCAGCGGAGCGUCGGAAGAAGGCAGUGCCAGCGAGAAGAGGCGGCAGAAGCAGAAGGGAGGUGCCAGUCGGAGGCGCUUUGGGAAGCCCAAGGCCCGGGAGAGGCAGCGGGUGAAGGACGCCGAUGGGGUCCUCUGCCGGUACAAGAAGAUCCUGGGCACCUUCCAGAAGCUCAAGAGCAUGUCGCGGGCCUUCGAGCACCACCGCGUGGACAGGAACACCGUGGCGCUGACCACGCCCAUCGCCGAGCUGCUCAUCGUGGCCCCGGAGAAGCUGGCCGAGGUGGGCGAGUUCGACCCCUCCAAGGAGCGCCUGCUCGAGUACUCCCGCCGCUGCUUCCUGGCCCUGGACGACGAGACGCUCAAGAAGGUGCAGGCGCUGAAGAAGAGCAAGCUGCUGCUGCCCAUCACCUACCGCUUCAAGCGGUGAUCGCGCCGCGUCUACGCGCCCCGGCCCGGGCCUGCCUCCCCCGUGGACCCGGCCCUCCCCAAGUCCCCGGUGGAUGACCUGCCCCUCUCCCCGCCUCGCCCCUGCCCCUCCUUCUCGCUCCCUGGGUUGAAGGCUCCCUUAGCCGGGUCCCCCUCCCGAACCCCGGGGCACCCCUUUCUGCUGGGGCUGCCCAGCCCUGCCCUCGCUGGGCCCCCUCCUCCUGCAGAACCAGGCAGGCGGGUGCCGCCCCGUCUCGGGUGGGGGACUGCACAGACCCCGUCUCUGCUCACUGCCCUGCUGCCCCGCAGAGGAGCUGCUCACCCGAUUCCCGGACGGACCUCCCAACUCCGCGAGACAGAGAAUUAUUCAGAGAAUUUAAAUUAAAAAAAGACAUGAAAAUUUGGAAUAAA